AUGGCGUCCACACCUCCCGCCACAGGCUCCACGCCCGCGCAGAGCUUCACCGAGAUGAAGAGCGAUGUUGAAGCUAUCGGGGCGCACUGCCAGAUGCCCUACUGCCAUGUGUUGGACUUCCUACCGUUUAGAUGCGAGAGCUGCAAAGGCACUUUCUGUUUAGACCACCGCAGCGAAACCGCACACAAAUGCCCCAAAGAAGGCGAAUGGGCGCGGCGACGCGCUGGACGAGAUACGACGACCGCAUCAUUACCCUCGAAGCCUUCCCUCUACGACCACGACCAACAAUGCUACGACAAGAGCUGCAAGACCCUCAUCAACACCUCCCGCAUGCCCGCGAACCAGUGCUCGACCUGCAACCGAUCAUACUGCUUAAAGCAUCGAAUGCCGGAGGACCACGACUGCAAGAACGUGAUACCAGCGGGUGCGCGGCAGAGGACUACAUUACAACAACAGCGCGAUCGUGGGCUCUCCGCGCUUGCGAAGCUGAAAGAGUGGGCCGAGGAGAAGCGGAAGAUGGAUCGGGAAAAGCAGGGUAAAAAGUCUGGCUUCCUAGGGCUAGGGUCGAAGAGCUCCUCCGCGGCCAGGGAAGCGCUCGCGGCCGCCAACGAGUUGAAGAGGACGGCGAAGGGCGAUGCGUCGGUACCUCAGGAUAAGCGUGUCUACCUGCACGUCGAAGCCUCGGCUGAUACAACGAAAGCGAAAUACCCGACGGGGAAGUUCUUCUACAAUAGGGAUUGGACGGUGGGUCGCGUCUUGGACAUGGCGGCAAAAUCGCUGCAGGUACAGAACGUCAACAACCGCGGUGGGGGAGAGGAAGAGAAGCUGCGCGUUUUCCACGUCGAGGGCGGGAGGCUACUGAAGUUCAGUGAGAAGAUUGGGGAGCCAUGCCAGUCGGGCAAUAUGAUUGUCCUGCUGCGGGGAGUCGGGUCUGGAGAACCGGAUCUGAUCGAUCUGUGA